GAGAGGGAGUUGGUCUUGCUUGCUGCGUUUCUAAAUUUGUAUCUUCUGCACAAGAUCAGCAUAUUCAUUAUUUGUAUUGGAAAUGGAAACUUCUGAAGUGGUCGAUGGGAAUUCGAAGGUGGAGGCGGUGGAGCUGGAGCAGCUGAUGGCGGUAGAUGGAAAGGUUGAUUGGAAAGGAAGAAGAGCUCUCAAAAAUAAGCAUGGUGGAAUGAUAGCUGCAAUCCCCAUGCUAGUGACGCUUGGUUUCGAGAACUUGGCGACAUUCUCGCUGGCGGUGAACGGGGUGCCAUACUUCAACGGAGAAAUGCACUAUGAUCUGGCAGAUGCGGCUAACAUGCUCACCACCUAUCUGGGUGUAAGCUACAUCCUCGCCCUUUUGGUCGCCAUCGUUGCUGACACCUGGCUUGGCAGAUACAAAUCCGUUCUUAUUUCUGGCUCCCUCGACUUUCUGGGACUUGCAUUGAUCACGGUACAAGCGCACUAUUCUAGCCUUAAGCCGCCCCCUUGCAAUGUGUUUGAUCCAAGAUUCCACUGUGAGAAACUCAAAAGAGGCCAAGAAGCAUUUCUCUACAUUGGCUUGUACUUGUUGGCAUUUGGAAGUGCAGGGGUCAAAGCUUCUUUGCCAUCACAUGGUGCUGACCAGUUUGAUGAAACAGACCCAAAAGAAUCAAGGCUGAUGUCAACAUUCUUCAACACACUCUUGCUUGCAGUGUGCCUUGGUGGUGCUGUCAGUUUAACCUUCAUUGUGUGGAUACAAAUCCAUAAAGGAUGGGAUUGGGGAUUUGGGAUUGGCACCAUUGCUAUGUUACUUGGCAUCAUUAUCUUUGCUGUUGCAUUGCCACUAUACAGAAUUCAUCCUGCUAAAGGAUCAAGUGCUUUACUUGAGAUCGUGCAGGUCUAUGUUGCUGCAAUCCGGAAUAGAAGACUUACCCUUCCUGAAGAUCCUGCAGAACUAUAUGAGAUUGAGCAGGACAAGGAAGCUGCUUUGGAAACAGAGUUUCUACCUCAUAGAGAUAUUUACAGGUUUUUGGACAAAGCAGCCAUCCAAACAAAACCUAAUGAUCAAUCUGAGAAACCAGAGGCUCAAAGCCCAUGGAAGCUUUGCAGAGUUACACAAGUAGAAAAUGCGAAAAUCCUUCUUAGCAUGGUCCCCAUUUUCUGCUGCACAAUCAUAAUGACCCUUUGCCUGGCUCAACUCCAAACAUUUUCUAUCCAACAAGGCUAUACAAUGGACACCAGAUUCAUCAAUAAUUUCCACAUCCCACCAGCAUCCCUCCCAAUCAUCCCAGUCACGUUCUUAAUCAUAAUUGUUCCAAUCUACGACCGCAUCUUUGUGCCUCUUUUGCGCAGAUUCACCGGUAUUCCCACUGGAGUCACGCACUUGCAGCGCAUAGGAGUAGGUCUAGUACUCUCUUGCAUAUCAAUGGCAGCGGCUUCAAUAAUGGAAGUGAAGAGAAAACAAGUCGCAAGAGACCAUAACAUGCUUGAUGCUAUACCAGUACUUCAGCCAUUGCCAAUAAGCACAUUCUGGCUUUCUUUUCAAUACUUCAUAUUUGGCAUAGCUGACAUGUUUACCUAUGUGGGGUUGCUUCAGUUUUUCUAUUCAGAAGCACCAAAAGGGCUUAAAUCUACAUCAACAUGCUUCCUCUGGACUUCAAUGGCACUCGGGUAUUUUCUAAGUACUAUUGUGGUGAAAUGUGUGAAUGGUGCAACCAAGCAUCACACUAAUAGUAGGGGAUGGUUAGCAGGAAACAACAUUAACAGAAACCAUCUAAACCUUUUCUACUUGUUCCUAUCUGUGGUGAGCUUCAUCAACUUCAUAAUCUAUUUGUUUGUUUCAAAGAUGUAUAAGUACCGGCCUCAACAACCUAUAGUGCCAGAUGACAAUUCAAAAUCAAAGGAAUGAUUAUUGUUUUCAAGGAAGAAGAAAAAAAAAAGUAAUAAAGAUGGGUUAUCAUAAGGAGUAAAUAAUUGUUGGUUGUUUUGUGAGCCUCUUUUUCUAUUCCUCACAAUUUGGAGGCUUUUUUGUCUCAAGAUUUUCACAAUCCACAUAUGGAUCUUACU